AUGCCUACUACCAUCACUAUUCCCGAUAACUACGGCUAUGUUGCUCUUGCCGCGAUCAGCACUGGAUUCCUCACUGCCUUUCAAACAACGCUUGUAUCCAGUGCUCGCAAAAAGUCUGGAAUUCAGUACCCUCGACUUUAUGCGGAGAAGGACGAAAUGGACAAGUCCAUUGAAGCCUUGAAAUUCAAUUGUGCUCAACGUGCCCAUCAAAAUACACUUGAAUGGCUCCCGCAUGUACUUUUCUUCACUACAUUCCUUGGCCUUCGCUACCCAACGCUUGCGGCAUCUCUUGGAGGUGUAUGGUCGGCGAGCCGUGUUCUCUACACCCUAGGAUAUGCCUCUGGCGAUCCGAAGAAGCGCAAUACUCGAGGAGGAUUCUUUGGCAGCAUCGCGUACUUGGGUUUGUUAUUUGGUUCUGCAUAUGCAGGUGUUGAACUGGCGCUUGGCAAAUGGUAA